AUGGGAAAGAACAAGAAGAAAUCUGGUAACAAGAACAACAACAACAAUGCUCAUGCAAAUGAUGCUACUGUAGAGGAUAAAGAAUAUGUUGUUGCAGAGGUGGAGCCAGUAGUCGUCGAUGCAAACGAGGUCGAAUCGGUUAAGGAAGAGGAUGGUCAAGAUGAAGUUGAAGAGUCAAAGAAGGACAAUGAAACUGAAGUCGAAUUGUUGAAAGAACAAAUAAAAGUCUUACAGAAUCAAUUAGAGCAAGCAAAGAUCCGAAACGAUGGUGAUCCAGAAUCAGUUCCAAGUGAGACUUCUGAAGGUUCCAAUGCUGAAUUAGAAAAAGUAAAAGAAGAAAGAGACAAGUAUGAAUCUCAAUAUAAUUCAUUGUUAGAUAGAAUCUCUUCAAUGAAGACUAUUUUCAGUAACAUGAAGGCAUCAGAGAAAGAACACGAGGCAACUAAACAACGAUUAAGAGAGUUAGAGAAAGAAAAUGAAAGCAUAAAUCAACAGUUGGAAGAAUACGAAUCUCAAAAUUUAAAGAUAAAAAAUAAGGUUGAAACAAUCGAAGGUGAAAAGAAGGAAAUGAAGGAAACCAUAGCUAUUCUAAAUAGGGAAUUUUCUAGCUUAGAGAAUGAAUUAGAAGAUGCUCAAAGCAGGAUAAAAGAAUUAGAAAGUGAUAUCAAAAUUUCUAGCAGCUCUAGUUUGCAUGAGAUAUCAUCGAUAAAGAAGGACAAAGAGCGUUUGUUGACACAAAUUGAUGAAUUGACCUUGUUACUGGACAAUAAUAAGAAAGAUAUUAAUGAUUUAGAAGAGGAGAGGGACAACCUAGCAAAUAGCGUGGAAACCUUAAAGAACGAAUUACAGAAACAAGAAAGUAUAGUUGAGAACUUAGAGAAUGAGUUGACUAAACUUGAAGCUGAACAUAAUAGCUCAGCACAAUCUAAGAAAAUGGAAAUUGCUUCCUUAACAGCUCAAUUAGAGACUUCAGUUGAAGAAUUAUCAAAAACAAACAAGGAAUCUGAAGCUCUGCAAAAGAAAAUCAAAGAUAUGGAAGAAUCUAUUGAAGCCAAUAAAAAAAUGGAAGAGAAGUUCAAGGAACAAGUUGUUCAGUUAGGUAAACUAAGACAUGAGAACGUGAUUGUCAAUGAGCAAUUAACCAAGGCACUAGCAAUGAUUAAAAAAUCCAGCACAUCGAACAAUGUUGAUAUAGAAUUGAUAUCAAAUUUAAUAAUCUCAUUUGUUACAUUACCAAGGGCAGACACCAGAAAAUUCGAAGUUUUAGAAUUAAUUUCCAGUUGUUUGACUUGGGAUGACGAAAAGAAAAAACAAGCAGGUCUAAUACAUUCAAGCAUGAAAGAUCCUGACCAACCAGCGAGAAAAUCCUCAAGAACCCAAGCAUUUAUCUCCAGAUGGACCGAAUAUCUAGAGAAGGAAAGUGAAAAGGAUGUCUGA